AUGUCUUACAGAAGGGGGUCGGAGCAGCAGCCGCAGAGGCGGAUACUGCGGACUCAGACAGCUGGGAAUUUGGGAGCAGACCCGAUUUUAGAUAGUGAAGUGGUGCCUUCUUCAUUGGUAGAGAUUGCUCCUAUUCUCCGUGUUGCUAAUGAAGUUGAAGCAAGCAAUAAAAGAGUUGCUUAUCUAUGUCGGUUUUAUGCUUUUGAAAAAGCUCACAGACUAGAUCCCACAUCUAGUGGACGUGGUGUUCGUCAAUUCAAAACAGCUCUUCUUCAACGUUUAGAAAGGGAAAAUGACACCACACUGGAGGGAAGAGCAAAAAGCGAUGCUCGUGAAAUGCAGAGCUUUUAUCGGCAUUACUACCAAAAGUAUAUUCAAGCGUUACAAAAUGCUGCUGAUAAAGACCGUGCCCAGCUCACAAAAGCAUAUCAAACUGCUGCUGUUUUAUUUGAGGUUUUGAGAGCAGUUAAUCAAACAGAGGCUGUAGAAGUAUCUGAUGAGAUUUUAGAAGCUCAUACCAGGGUCGAGGAAAAGAAGCAAUUAUAUGCACCUUAUAAUAUUUUGCCCCUUGAUCCAGAAAGUGGAAAAGAGGCUAUAAUGAGAUAUCCUGAGAUUCAAGCUGCUUGUUCUGCACUGCGUAAUACUAGGGGUUUGCCAUGGCCGACGAAUCACGGUAACAAAGUUAAUGAAGACAUUCUGGAUUGGCUUCAGCUGAUGUUUGGUUUCCAGAAGGGCAAUGUGGAAAAUCAAAGGGAGCACUUGAUUCUUUUGCUUGCAAAUGUACAUAUAAGACAAUUUCCAAAACAUGAUCAACAACCCAAGUUGGACGACCGUGCUUUAAACGAGGUGAUGAAGAAACUCUUUAGAAGCUACAAAAAGUGGUGUAAAUAUUUGGGUCGCAAAAGUAGCCUUUGGUUGCCAACUAUUCAGCAGGAAAUGCAACAGCGCGGGUCUAUAUCUUCUUAUAUGGGGAGAAGCUGCAAAUUUGAGAUUUAUGCCAGAAUGCCUUUGUUAUAUCUACCAUCAUAUGGCAUUUGA